UAGCUAAGUUGCAGAGAUUUAGCCCAACAGGCUAGCAGCAGAAACGACGGUCCGAGCUGCAAAGUUGGUUUUUCAGGGUGUAAAAAGUGCGUUUGGACUGACGCCGUUAUCACACAGUGAACCCCGGAGGACUACCGAUGGAUGUAAAUCGUUUUUCUUGGUUUGAAUCGCGCGAACAGGAGCGUUAGAGACGGUAGAAAGAAGUUGUGAUUGUUUUUUUUUGGCGCUCUGGCGGCGCAGAGGAAAGAUGGAGGCUCUGCGGGUGUAGCAGCGGGCUAACGCUAGCCGCAGUUUACGGACUCAUCUGAGCUGCUUCACCGCGGGGUGGAUGUCCGGAAGGUGGAGGCUUUAAUCCAUCACAGUGACGGUGUUCAAGCUGCUCUUCAUGUUCACAGAAUCUCUAAAGAAGCAUGAGAGUCCAUCAGGCUCUGAGGAUGGGAGCAGGGCUACUGGAGGCAGGAUCUAGACAUCAGAUGGUGCUGUGAAGAAGCCAUGGGUAGCUGUUUAAGCUGUCCAGAGAAAGAGUCAAUCCCAGAUAAUCAUCAGAGCAAGUUUAAGGUGAUCAACGUGGACGACGAUGGGAACGAGUUGGGUUCAGGUGUGAUGGAGCUGACUGACGCUGAGCUCGUCCUCCACACACAUCGCCGCGACGAUGUCAGGUGGCCUUACCUGUGCCUGCGUCGCUAUGGAUACGACUCAAACCUUUUCUCGUUUGAGAGCGGCCGCCGCUGCCAGACAGGACAAGGUAUCUUUGCCUUUAAGUGUCCUCGGGCUGAGGAGAUCUUCAACAUGCUGCAGGAGGUGAUGCACAGUCACAGCAUCAGUGUAGUGGAGGAGGCGGUGAUGGAGCCAGGACACCAACUCGCACCUGCAGUUGUGGGGUACUCGGUGCCCUCUCUUCCUAACGGGGUGAGCAGGAUCCCGUCUGUGGGGGAGGCUCCAUCUCAUCCCUCCACCCGUCACCCGUCGGUGGCCAGCACCCGCCUCCCUUCUGUGGGGGAGGAGUCGACUCACCCCCUGCUGGUGACCGAGGAUGCGGUGCACACCUAUGUGAACACCACGGGGCUCCUGGAGGAGCAGCCCAGUCCUCUGACCGUCACCACCCCCCUGGAGAGCCCCACCUCCCCCCAGUCUCAGUGUCCUCCGACCCCUCCGCCUCCCCCAAGGGUCCGCAGCGAACCGCCACCCCCACCUCCUCAGGUGGAGCCGCAGGUGCUGCUGGAGCCGCAGGGCGUGCGCUUCGUGUUGGGCCCCACCCCCGUACAGAGGCAGCUGAUGGAGAAGGAGAAGAGGAAGCAGGAGACGCAGGGGGAGGAGCCUCAAGAGACUAACGGCCCUCCUGAAACCCCUGCCGAGCCAGAGCCCGCCCCCCCGCUCUCCAAUGGCUCCUCCUCUUCAGUUCCAUCCUCGGCUCCUCGUCGCCACCGCCCGCCCCCCCUCACCCCUGACCUGCAGAAUGUCAACAACUCGGCGCAGCGCCGCACUGCCCUGCUGGACUAUGAGAAUUUGCCUGCGCUGCCGCCCGUGUGGGAGGCCAGGAAGCCGAGUGGAGAGGAGGAGGAGCCUGUCUGUGGCGGUCUUAGGACGCCGUCGUUAAAUGGCUACAACCACCAUGGCGUUCUGCACCACUCUUACUCCCACCCGCUGUCCGCCACACUCGAGGCCUCGCACAACUAUGUCAAUACGGAGAACGUGACGGCACCUCUCAGUGCCCAUCGGCCUGACACUGCCCGCCGCCGCACUGAAGGCCCCACCAUCUUUAAUUUUGACUUUCGGCGGCCGCCGCUGCCCGGACACCCCGAGCCGCCCAAAACUCUGAACUACAUCGAGGUGGAGAUGGAGCAGGGCGGCGGGAACAAGGGAGCCUCGGACGGAAGUAACCCCCACACGCCACGCACCCCCACCUCCCCGCUGCCCCCAACCACGCCCACCCGCCGCACCGAGCUGUACGCCCUCAUCGACAUCGAACGCACGGCCGCCAUGUCCAAUCUGCAGAGGGCGCGGCCGCGUGAUGAUGGCACGUCACGCAAGACUCGACACAACAGCACGGAGCUGCCCACCAAAAGCACUGCGUGACCCCGCCCCCUAGCACCGCCACUUCCUGUUACCUCCUGGAGGGCGCCUGACGGAGCGUGUUUAUAUUUAGACUUCCUGUGAGUGCACCUGUGCAGGUACGCUCUCAGACGGUACUUAUAGCAGAUUAUUGGACGCUGGUGAUGUGACAGCGGUGAUGAUGUCACAGACUUCUCUUCCUUAUAUGGUCAGAUCAGUAUUACUGAAGCAUUCCAUUUAUUCUAUGUUCACUUCCUGCUGCUGUACUGAGCGCGCUCAGUGUGUACAGUAGAUCGCCACAAUAAAAGUUUCUCUGUUUUUAUUUCUA